GAUUUUUCCCCCCCUCUUUCCUCGCCAGCCCGCCCGCCAAGACGUGUCUCCCGCGCCGCGCCCCUUUCCGGUGAGCGGCCGCCCUCGGGCUUUCCCUCCCCUGCUCGGGUGUUCGGCCGCCAUUAAUUCGCACGCUGCCAAAAACCACGGAGCCUCCAUCCCUCGGCUCCUCCCCUUCUCUCCCCCGUCCACCGCCAAACAGCACGGGUCAAGGGCCGCGACCAGUUCAAGUCAAGGCGGCGAUUCGGACUCGACUCCUCCAGUCCUCCACGCGGUGCCUGCUGCCUGCCGCCACCGGUGAUGCUCCUCGCCGCGUUAUUUGGUCGCUGAGACUCACCGAGCAGAGGGGAACAGCCAGCCAUGGACCACGCCCGGCGGGAGGUGGACCGGGGGGCCGCGCCGGAGUUCGUGGCGCUCGACAUCCGCGGCGAGGAGGAGUCGCCUGGGUCCGGGCCGGACCUGAUGAUGGAGUCCUCAUUCGCCGCUAAGGGGUUCGAGCGGGAGCGGAGCGCAGACGCCAAUUCUUCUUCGACCGGUAUGGCGGGUGUGUAUGAGAAGCAGGCAGUGCCGGUGCAGGUCGACGGCAGCCCGAGGGAGCUGUACCACCCCUCAACACCAAAACGCCGCCGUGCAAACCGGCGUGUUUCUGGGUGGCGUGAUCCCAGGAAGAUCCUCUUCGCUUUUGCAGCAUUGUCCAGCGUGGGCACGUUGAUACUGCUCUACUUUACGCUCUCCAUGGGGAAGAUGACAGGAGGUCAAGCUGACGGCCAGUGAUACACUGAUACCCUUGCUUUUGCCUGCUUGCCAUCGCAUUACUAAUGUUUGUACAGAAGAAAUUGGUGAAUGCUAAUGUAGAAGCCAUACAUCAAUGUGGAUACCAUCAUGAUUUCAGACGUUUGUACAUAGGGACAGGAAAGCUUUACAGAUAAAGUGAAUAUCCUCUCUUUUUUUCCUCUUGAGCGGUGAACAGCCCUUACACCAAUAAAUGUGUCGAUUUGAGAUGCUUAGUUACCAGUUACUACCAGCUGAAUGCCUGAAUCAGUGUCUGUUUGCUCUCGGUAUAGUGAAGUGUGGGAGUGGUGAA